AUGUUUAGCGCAGACUUUCAUUUCAUUAACGAAACACCACCUAAGCGCCCUAAACGCCGUCGACUUGGCCACUCUCCAGCCAGAAGGGCUCCAGCCAAACCACCGCAAUCCAUAUCGAACUGCGAAUGUCGCAUACUAUGGAAAUCAAUUGAGUGUAUCCACGAGCGGGUGGUGAUUUUGGAGCAGAUGAUCUGCGAGCUCGGCAGGGCAGAUUAUCUAAACAGCGCGUUCGGCGGUCCCGUUUGCCGUUCGAAGGAUAUAAAGCAGCAGGUGCUGAAGAUAUCAUCCUCAGGGGCAUCAUUGAAAUGCCCCGCCUCCCCCAGAAUGACUUUUGACGAAGAUACCCAUGCCGAGCCUUCCUACCCUUCCUCGAGGAAGCAGAAUAAGAACGAAGAAGCGAUCCCCAGCGUGACCGAUAAGAACAAACCCGCACCUACGCUCAACAGAACAUCUUCUUGCAAGCGUUCGGCUGACAAGACAUCUUUUGAUGAAGAUAUCUAUUCCGAGGCUUCUGAUCCUUCCUUGAAGAAGCGGAGUGAUGAUCACAUUACACCAAUGCACGAACAGGCGGUCUCUGGAAACCUGGAGUCCGGGGAGCGAGCAACUUCUCAGAGGGAAUCAAUCGUGGCCACAGGCUCAGUCCUUAACCACGGGACGCAGUUCAAUUUUAACGAUCGAAACGACGAGGUGCCAAACGCUGAAACCACAGCUGGCUUCCUAGGACCCGGUGAAAGCAGCUCCACCGCACAGACGUAUCCACACGGCUACCAUUUCGCUACACGCGAUUAUAACCUUGGCUUCCCGGCCAACAGUAUGCGUUCCAGUCACAAGAGGAAUCCAGUGUGUGACUUCGACGAUGGGAAUUUCUUUUUAACAGAACAGAAUUCAGGCCUUGCUUGGGGUGAGACUGCUGGAGAUUGGAGGGGCACCGUUCUACCAUCAGCGCCCGAUGGCCGGUCUAGACCAACCAAAACCCUUCCAUCGAUACCUCACUAUGACAAGAUCGGUCUUAUCUGUCGGGGUUGGCAAUGCCUGUGCUAA